AUGGAAACGCAGGCCAUAAUUAUUAGCAUCCGCGUCUUCAAAAUGAGCAUACAAAAGGUUAUCGAAGAAAAAAUAAGCUUAGCCUUGAAGCCCACAUUUCUAGAGUUGGUGGAUAAGUCCUGUGGCUGCGGAACUUCCUUCGAUGCAGUCAUAGUGUCAAGCAACUUUGACAAUAAGAGGUUGCUGGACAGACAUAGAAUUGUGAAUGACGUGAUUAAAAAUGAAUUACCCAACAUACAUGCGUUUUCUAUGAAAUGUCACACACCCACGGAGUUUAACAAAUUGAAGAGCAGCCAAACAUGA